AUGUAUGACAUCGAGGGGCUUGACAACCUCGUGGUCAACACAGUGUACUUAAAGGCUCAGGCUAUAGACCACAACAAGCUAAGAAAACACAGACUCGGUCUGACAUUGCCCAUACCAGUCAAGUUACAUGCACUGAAGGCAGCAAUAGAGAAAGACUACGAGUCCCUCUGCGAGCGACAACCUAUUGGAAGGAAAUUGUUUCGGCAGUUUCUCCUAGCCUCCAAUCCCCAGUAUGUGGCAGCUGCUGAGUUUCUGGAGGAGCUGAACCACUGUGGCCCGGUGGAGACUGAAGCCAGGAGCAGGGCACAGCAGAUCAUCCUCAACAAGUUUUGUCACGCUGAGUCCGAUAGCUUUCUGUCCUACCUUACUGGGGAUGCAGCUGAAAGAUGCAAAGCUGCAACAAACAGGGACUUUGAGGAAGUGAUGAUGGGCAGAGUGAGAGAAGCUACCAGGGACUUCUUGAAAGGAAAACCUUUCUCCGAGUACCUGAGGAGCCCCUUCUUCGAUAGGUUCUUGCAGUGGAAGGAGUACGAGAAGCAAAAGAUCACUGACAAUUACUUUGAUGAAUUUAGGAUGUUGGGGAAAGGUGGAUUCGGUGCGGUCUGUGCAGUUCAAGUGAAGCACACAGGUCAGAUGUAUGCUUGCAAAAAGCUGGACAAGAAAAACCUGAAGAAGGCAGGCGGUGAGAAGAUGGCCCUUGUAGAGAAGCGGAUCCUUGAGAAGGUUAACAGCCGCUUUAUCGUCAACCUGGCGUAUGCUUAUGAAAACAACACCCACCUAUGCCUAGUAAUGAACCUCAUGAAUGGAGGGGACCUGAAGUUUCACAUCUAUGAACUUGGGAAGAGAGGUAUCCGGAUGGAUCGUGUCAUUUACUAUACUGCCCAGAUUGCCACCGGAAUCCUCCACUUGCACUCCAUGGACAUAGUGUACCGAGAUAUGAAGCCAGAGAAUGUGCUGCUAAACAGCCAAGGCCAGUGCCGGCUGUCAGAUUUUGGACUAGCUGUGGAGCUGCCUGGAGACAAAACAACCUGCCAGAAGGCUGGAACAAAUGGCUACAUGGCUCCUGAGCUUUUGAGACAGGACAAUUACCGUAUGUCAGUGGACUGGUGGGCUCUGGGCUGCAGUAUCUAUGAGAUGGUGGCGGCCCGAUUGCCUUUCAGAGACUACAAGGAGAAGGUUCACAAGCACGAGGUGGUUCGGCGCACCCUGGAGGACGAGUGCAAGUUUGACCACAAAAUCUUUGACGGCCCCACGAAGAAUAUCAUCAGCCUCUUCUUAAAGAAGAGGGUGGAGCAGCGCCUCGGGUGCUGUUCUGAUGACCCACGGAGUCACAGGUUUUUCGGGAACAUCAACAUCUCUCGUCUCGAGGCAGGGCUGGUUGACGCCCCCUGGGUGCCCAGGUCUGACGUGGUCUACGCCAGGGAUGCAGACGAGUUUAGGGAUUUCUCCGAGACCAACAGUGUCAAUCUCGAUUCCAAGGAUGAAAAGUUCUUUAAGGAGUUCAGCACAGGGGCAGUCUCCAUCCCUUGGCAGAGGGAAAUGAUUGACAGCGGACUGUUUGAUGAACUAAACAGCACCAGCAGAAUUGUUGUUGCUCAAGACUAUGAGGCUGUGGGGACAUCCAUGUCAUGUGUCAUCCUGUAG